AUGAAUGCACUCGUAGUAAAGAAGGGUUACAUUUCGGUGAAGGAGGAUGGUUUAAGGGCUUGGAUAUGGUCGAAAAGAUGGUUAUUACUUAGAGACCAAACUCUUACUUUUCAUCGGAACGAGAAUACGUACCAAGCAGUUGCUCUAAUUUUCCUCAAAGAGAUUAUAAACGUUUCUCGGACAGAUUUAAAACCUUAUUGUUUCGAAAUUCAAACAAAAGAUAAAACAUAUUACCUUUCUUGCAAAAAUGACGAAGAAUUAUAUUCUUGGAUGGACGAAAUUUAUACGCGAUCACCUUUAAGCGGCGUAUCCAACCCUACAAAUUUUUCGCAUAAUAUUCAUGUUGGAUUUGAUCCAGUUAGUGGGAUGUUUACAGGCAUGCCUGAACAAUGGACCAAACUUCUGACAGCUUCUGCUAUCACUCAAGAGGAUUAUGAAAAAAAUCCUCAAGCAGUUUUAGAUGUGUUAGAAUUCUAUACAGAAAAUCAAAAGAGAGAGCGAGAAUACGAAGAUGGUAUAUUAGGCCACAUUCCAGGUUUCCCUGCACAACCUGAUGAUAAGUGGGCUGACCUAUUACCGAAAAAAAAUAAUAAUGUGCCUGCAAAGAACCAAUUAUAUCCUAAUCCUAAUCCUAAUGGUAACGGGUAUGAUAUGAAUAAAAUUUCACCUGGUGGGAUCACUGGAAUGGGUAAUAACAGUAUGAAUGGAAGACAAAUGGUACAACCAAACAAUAUGAGCAAUAAUACCAUGGGUGGCAGAAAUGAUAUUGCAGAUUCUUCUCGCAAAAUGUAUUAUGAAGAUACUCGACCUGAUAUUCUACCAAAUCGUCCUCCAGUCACCCCAAGACCGCCAAAUACGCUGAGUGCAAACAAUAUGCGUCCACCACCAAAUUCCGGACCCGUUCCGCCAAUUUCCCCAUCCUUAUAUAAUCAGCAACCUUCUCAAACUAUGAUGUCAUCAACACCACAACGUGUUCCUGAAAAGUAUUCACAAAAUUACCAACAACCACCACCACCGCCUAUCCCUCAACCACCAAAGAAAUCUGCACCAGAGAGAAGGAUUAGUACAAUGACUGAAGCACAGAUAAUGGAAAAGUUGAGAUCAGUGGUUUCGUCGGGUGAUCCAACUACACUCUAUAGCAAAAUCAAGAAAGUCGGUCAAGGUGCUUCUGGUUCUGUAUACGUUGCUAAGUCCCUCACAACAAGCGCUAAAGUUGCCAUUAAACAGAUGGAUCUUUCACAUCAACCUCGAAAGGAGCUUAUUGUUAAUGAAAUUCUCGUAAUGAAAGAAUCUCAACAUCCAAAUAUUGUUAAUUACCUUGAUUCUUUCUUAGUUAAAAGCAACGAACUUUGGGUAGUUAUGGAAUAUAUGGAAGGCGGAGCAUUAACGGAUGUAAUUGAUAAUAAUACUCUUGAAGAAGAUCAAAUUGCGGCUAUAUGCUUUGAGACAUGUAAGGGACUCCAACACCUUCACGGACAAAAUAUUAUUCACCGUGAUAUUAAAAGUGAUAAUGUUCUAUUGGAUGCAUAUGGUCACGUGAAAAUUACCGAUUUUGGUUUUUGUGCCAAAUUGACCGAUCAAAAAAAUAAACGCGCAACAAUGGUUGGAACUCCUUAUUGGAUGGCACCUGAAGUAGUAAAACAAAAAGAAUAUGGUGCCAAAGUAGAUAUUUGGUCACUUGGAAUUAUGGCAAUUGAAAUGAUAGAAAACGAACCUCCAUACUUAGAUGAAGAGCCUCUUAAAGCAUUAUAUCUAAUUGCCACGAAUGGCACCCCAACAUUGAAAAAGCCGGAAAAAUUAUCUCGAGAACUCAAGAGUUUCUUAGCUGUAUGUUUGUGUGUAGAUGUUAAAAGCAGAGCAACUGCUUUGGAACUUUUAGAACAUGAAUUUCUGAAGAAAGCUUGCCCGUUAUCAGAUCUUGCUCCUUUGCUUAAAUUCAAGACCGCCAAGGAUGGAAGAUCAUGA